GACUCGGGCGUGUGGACGACACUCGCUUUUAUACGCCUUCCGUCUCGGUUUUAGGGUUCUCUUUGCGUUCUCCAAAGUAACAGCAAAGAGGGUUUUGAUUCGAAGCGGCGCGAGGGUUUUGGCUUCCUCGAUCCGAGCAUCUAAAGGAAGAGAUGGCGGAUCGAUUGACUCGGAUCGCCAUCGUGAGCUCCGAUCGGUGCAAGCCCAAGAAGUGCCGCCAAGAGUGCAAGAAGAGCUGUCCCGUCGUCAAAACAGGAAAACUAUGUAUUGAGGUUACUCCUGCAUCAAAGAUUGCUUUCAUUUCAGAGGAGUUAUGCAUUGGAUGUGGAAUAUGUGUUAAGAAAUGCCCUUUUGAGGCCAUUCAGAUUAUCAAUUUACCCAAGGAUUUGGCUAAAGAUACAACUCAUCGUUAUGGGCCAAAUACCUUCAAGCUACACAGGUUGCCGGUUCCAAGACCUGGGCAAGUUCUUGGAUUGGUUGGAACAAAUGGUAUUGGGAAGUCCACUGCCCUUAAAGUGUUGGCUGGGAAGUUGAAACCCAACUUGGGUCGCUACAAUAAUCCACCUGAUUGGCAGGAAAUUUUGACAUACUUCCGCGGGUCUGAGCUUCAGAAUUAUUUUACUCGCAUUCUAGAGGACAAUUUGAAGGCAAUCAUUAAGCCACAAUAUGUUGAUCAUAUUCCAAAAGCUGUCCAAGGGAAUGUCGGACAGGUGCUUGAUCAGAAAGAUGAGAGAGAAAUGAAGGCCGAACUUUGUGCUGAUCUUGAAUUGAAUCAGGUUAUUGAUAGAAAUGUAGGAGAUUUGUCUGGAGGAGAGUUGCAAAGGUUUGCAAUUGCUGUGGUAGCUGUGCAGAAUGCAGAAAUAUACAUGUUUGAUGAGCCAUCAAGCUAUCUUGAUGUAAAACAGAGGCUUAAAGCUGCACAAGUCGUUAGAUCUUUGCUCAGACCUAACAGUUAUGUGAUUGUUGUGGAGCAUGACCUAAGCGUCCUCGAUUAUUUAUCAGAUUUUAUUUGUUGUUUAUAUGGGAAGCCUGGAGCUUAUGGAGUUGUCACCUUACCUUUCUCUGUUAGAGAAGGAAUCAAUAUUUUCUUGGCUGGUUUUGUUCCUACUGAAAAUCUGAGAUUCCGAGAUGAAUCACUUACAUUUAAGGUUGCUGAGACUCCUCAAGAAAGUGCUGAGGAAAUUCAAACUUACCAGCGAUAUAGGUACCCUACCAUGAGUAAGACCCAGGGUAAUUUUAAACUUUCUGUGAUGGAGGGCGAGUUUACCGAUUCUCAGAUUAUUGUGAUGUUGGGAGAAAAUGGAACAGGGAAGACGACAUUUAUCCGCAUGCUGGCUGGAUUGCUGAAACCUGAUACUGUUGAAGGUUCAGAUAUUGAAAUACCAGAGUUUAAUGUUUCAUAUAAGCCCCAGAAGAUCAGUCCUAAAUUUCAAUCUACAGUGAGACACUUGCUGCAUCAAAAAAUUCGGGAUUCAUAUAUGCAUCCUCAGUUCACUUCGGAUGUAAUGAAACCCUUACAAAUUGAACAAUUAAUGGACCAAGAAGUUGUACACCUCUCUGGCGGAGAGUUGCAAAGAGUGGCAUUAUGUCUAUGUCUUGGAAAGCCAGCCGAUAUUUAUCUGAUUGAUGAACCUAGUGCUUACCUCGACUCAGAGCAGCGUAUUGUUGCCUCAAAAGUGAUAAAGAGAUUUAUUCUUCACGCGAAAAAGACUGCCUUUAUUGUUGAGCAUGAUUUCAUCAUGGCAACUUACUUGGCUGACAAAGUUAUUGUGUAUGAGGGGAAACCAUCUGUUGAUUGUAUUGCCAAUGCUCCUCAGUCAUUGGUGUCUGGGAUGAAUCGCUUCUUAUCGCAUCUUGACAUUACUUUUAGAAGGGAUCCAACUAAUUACAGGCCCCGGAUAAAUAAGUUGGACUCCACUAAAGAUAGGGAACAAAAGUCUGCUGGAUCCUAUUACUACCUUGAUGAUUGAUGUAGUAUGUCAGCAAGUGCUGCUACUUCAAAAAAAUUUCAAACUUGCAGGGUUUUUAUGCCUCUCUUUUAUCUAGUCAUGGAGAUUUGUGUGUAGGGGAAGCGCCACACUGAAGCCUUAGAUACUUGAAUACCAUCGCAUCAAAUAGUUACAUCCGGAGUUGCAGAGCUUGAUGGUUAUAAGAUUUGCUUUCUGCUUUGUUCGAGGAAGUUGAGUUCAAAAAUAGCUGCUACAGAAGCAGCAGCAGCAGCAGCAGCUAACAGGCGACCAGUUCUCUUAUUUUUCUGGCUUAAAACCAUAUCUGGCUGGGGUGGAGAAAUGAUUAAAUAUAUUUUACAAAUAUUUAUCAUUACCUCUAGUUUGGCAGAUAUUUUAUUGGGAUAUUGAGUGUUUGGUUUUCAGAGUGUUUAUUUGAAAUGAUACUACAUAUAAUUAAGCCUUUUCAAGGCUUAAGCUGGUGCUGCAAGGGUCUAUGGUCUAUAUGCCACAGUGGUAUCAAUCUCAAUUUUGACAUUCCAAUAUCUUAUGGGAGCUAAUUUAGUUA